AUGGAAGUGGUUGUCCUCGGUUGUGGGCCGUCCUCAUCGGUGCCGUCCAUGCGAUGUGUGCUGAGCAAGCACUGCGCUGUGUGUCACGAAGCGCACGCCAACCCCGACUCCAAGAACCGCCGUCUCAACCCAAGUCUCCUCGUGCGGAACCUCAACACCGACAAAAAUGUCCUCAUCGACUGUGGCAAAACCUUCCGUGAGGCGGCACUGCGGAUCUUUCCUCAAAUAGGAGUCUCGGCGGUCCAUUCGCUUGUGUUGACGCACGACCACGCAGAUGCGCUGUUGGGAAUGGAUGAUCUGCGCGAGGUUCAGGCUACGGUGGAGACGGUCGAUCCAGUCACCAAAGAAUUGUACAAAAUUCCGCCAGAGGCCAUGAAGGUGCACUGCAGUGAGCCCACGAGCCACGAUGUCAUAUCUAAGUUCCCGUAUCUGAUUGACAAUGAGCCUUUACCACCGCCUGGGGAGACAGUGCCGAAGCCAUUCCGAUGGACCGCCAAGCUCCAAAUAGACACGUUCAAUCCGUGGGAGCCGUUCGUGGCGUGUGGCAUCAAGUUCCUCCCAUUCCCCGUUAUUCAUGGCGCUGGAUAUACGUCGUUCGGGUUUGAAUUCGGCUACGAAGUUGGUGCAAGGUUCGUCUACAUCUCCGAUGUGAGCGAGAUCCCAGAGGAGACGAGAAGCUUCUUAAAUGACACCAGCAAACCUCCCGUUGAUCUUCUGCUGAUUGACGCGCUGUAUCUGGAUAAGUAUCAUAGUACGCACAUGAACUUGCAAAAAGUGAUGGAGGAGAUUGCGACCUUCAAACCGAAGCGGACGUUGCUUACGGGAAUGAGUCACGAUUUCGACUACCCCAAGCACAGCGUGGAGUUGCCAAAAAUGGGCGAGGAAAAGGGCUUGAACAUUGAAAUGACCUAUGACGGACUGCGCAUUGCUUUCCCUUAACCAAGAGAUCCAACCCCGAUUGGCGCAAAGUCGCUAGAUGACCAUUGCUGCCACGCUAGAUAUUCAGUCCAUCAUCAACAAGAACAACUUAUAAACUUCAUGCUGUAUUGAGAUCACUCAUAACUUCAGGAAAAGUACUUUAACGCUGGC